AUGAUGAUGCCACUCCUGCCGAAGCCCACGCUGUCUGAAACUCAAGAAGUGUACUGGCUAAAAUGCCUAUCCACAGGCCCUGCCACCUCUCACAUCCAGUUUAAGUUCAACCAACUGAAAACUCUAAUUUACACCCUGCACCCAUAUAAGACUCCCCAAGCUGAUAUCCAUUGCACACUCAAUGUAACAGAAACAGAUGACUGCCCCUACACUGAAGACUGGGACGAGAACAUGAUGCACCUGACCCCAAGUAUCAGGUGUUGCACCACUGUGUGCGGCCAAGAGGGGGUGGCAGCACCGGUCAUUCUUCAACUACACCUGAAAACUUGGUACAUGUUGAGUGAAGAAUCAGCACCUCAUGUCACGCUGGCUGUGGGCAAUGGUUUUGAAGCACAACGCCUAGGUCCCAUGAUCAGGCGGGCAUCCAAGCUAACCUGGGAGCCCACUUCAACACCAGGCAUACACAAAGCCACCUCAGAGAAUAUGUGGAGAUUCGUUGAACCAGACACUGAAGAAAGAUGUCUCCCAGAACGUCUACCCCUGCCAAGACACCAUGGGAAACCAUACACUGACCAUCCCUCAUCAAAAGCCCUGAUCUCCACUAUCAAUGAUAAGAUCUGGACCACAUCCCCUUUCGAUGUGGGUCAGCUCCAAGUUGCCCCAGUCAUCAUCACCCUACUGAACCCAAAUCAGACACCUAUUUACCGAACACAAUAUCGUUUGAAACCUGAACAGACAAUGGGAAUUAAGCCAACCAUCGAUGGCCUCCUGGGGACAGGUGUCCUCUAUCCCACAGUCUCACCAUGGAACACGUCCAUCCUACCCGUACUGAAGGCUGAUGGAGAAACAUACCGGAUGGUCCAAGACUUCCGAGCAGUGAAUGACGUCACUGCACCAAUCAAUCUACCUGUCCCUGACCCACACAUCACGCUGAGCAACCUGUCGCCCAUGCAUCAGUACUUCACUGUGAUUGAUCUGGCAAAUGCUUUCUUCAGCAUUCCCCUGGAUGAAGCAUCCCAACCCAUUUUUGCAUUCACCUACGAAGGACAACAGUACACGUAUGCAUUUUUGCCACAAGGUUACAGAUGCUCUCCGGGAAUCUUCAACCACAUACUGAAAAAUCACCUUUCUGAACUCAGGAUCCCUGAAGGAGUGGUCCUGAUUCAAUACGUUGGCGAUCUACUGCUAGGCGCUCCAACAUCUGAUCUCUGCCUACAAAUGACAAAAACUCUGCUAGACUUCCUAGCCACCAAGGACUACAAGGUCAAACUGAGCAAAGUACAGACCUCUAGAAGAACAGUCAUCUUCCUGGGAAGAGAAAUCUCAGGAGACGGAGCAGGACUCUCCAAAUUACACAGAGACUCUAUUCUCCACCACUCACGACCCAUUACUGUGUCAGGAAUGUUGUCAUUCCUUGGACUAACAGGCUACAGCCGCACACACAUACCGGACUUUACAUCCAGAACUGAACCCAUGAGGGAAAUAGUGCGUGUAGCAGGACCAAGGAACCUCCAUGCACCCCUGACCUGGAUGCCUGACGCAUCAAAAGCUUUCACACUCCUGAAAACAGAUCUAUCAGUGGCAGCAGCGCUGAUUUCACCUGACUACAACAUUAAGUUCCAUUUGGAUGUUUCUGAGAAGGAAGGAUUCACUUCAUCCGUCCUUUUCCAGAAACAAAAGGGGGAGAGAAAGGUAUUGAUGUACCACUCCUCAAAACUUGACCACAUUGAGGUAGGACAGACAACAUGCUCCAGAUACGUUGCUGCAGUAGCAAAAGCUUUUGAAAAAACAGCUCACCUCGUGAUGUGUCAUCCAUUGGAGAUCCACACCCAUCAUGAGAAAAAUAUGGCAGAUGCACUCAACGCAGAAGAAGGAAUGCCCCACUCUUGCGCUGAAAGAGCGGCACAAGAACUAAAACUGAGACCAGACCUGAAGAAUGACCCACUGACCAAUCCCGACCAAUGGUUAUACACUGAUGGCUGCUGCUACAAAGGAGAAGAAGGAAACAUAGCAGCCUAUGCGGUGGUGCAGCAACUUCUAGACGGUUUACACGUCACCCUUGAAUCAGCCAUCAUCCCUCAACCAUCAUCUGCCCAAUUAGCUGAAAUCAUCGGAUUGACACAGGCUCUCAUCAGAGCAAAAGGAAAGACUGUGAACAUAUAUACAGACUCAGCCUAUGUCCAUGGAGCAGUCCACACUGAUGGACCACAGUGGGUAAGAAGAAACUUUACCACAACAGGAAAUCUUCCAAUCAAACACAAGACACAGAUGGAGAGACUAAUAGCAUCAGUACCAUUACCGGCACAGGUAGCCAUCAUGAAGUGCAAAGGACACCAGCAACUGAAAACCAGAAUCAGUGCUGGAAAUGAAGCAGCAGACAAAGCAGCAAAAAAAGCUGGAGGUUACCUACCUAAACAGAUGGUUCGCAAGGUCCAAGAGGGGGAGCUGCCUGGGGACACGCCACAACCAAAGGCGUCCAAGACCUGCUAA